AUGGAGGCUGUGGAUGGCCUCCGACAUCGGGCAUCUCCACCGGUCGCCCUCCACCACCGGCUGCUGACAUCGCCGGUCACGCCGUUCCCCACACGGGUGGUCAGGGGGGCGGAUACCGAACUAGAGGAGAAUCGACUAGCAGUGCUACAGAUGCCGAAGACAUGCUUCCGCGAGAAACUGAACCUCCUCCCCGGAAAAUUCCAUCUCCGGGUAGAUCUUGCGAUGGUGCGCCAGACUCCAAGGAGCCGCCACAUUUGUCCAGCUACUACCUCGCAUCGGGAAAAGACUCGCGGAAGGGGAGGCCGCCGGACCCAUCACUGGCUUGGGAGGCAACGCCAGGGGCAGGGACGCAGGCGUCGUCGACUGGUGUGGCGGGCGCGGUGCACGGCGGUGUCCGGUUCGGGAGAAGUCCAAGCUCGCCGCCACGAGGUACCGGCAGAGUUUCCACUCGAACCGGAUGUCGCCAUAUGUCUCCGCGAGGCGGAUGUUCGCCAGAUCGGUCGCGAGCGCUCGGAGAGCGCCGACGAAAUGAGGGAGGCGUUGGCGCUGCGAGACGAGUCACGCCGCCUCCGGACAGCUCGAGCUGAGCGCGCACGACGAGCAAGAAUAGCCCAGCAGAAAAUUGCAAGGUAUCGAGAAGACCGUAUUCGCGAGCUGGAGUCCCGCCUUGCGCGACACUCCGGAGACCGGCAACCUGAUGCACCUCCAACGCCUCGCGCGGAAGCGCCCGCGGCGCCCGGUGACGCCCAGGUGACAGAGCAAGGCCUGUCGGUCGAUAUCAACGCCAACAAGUUGCAACAGCUGUCAAGACAGAGGAGAGAAAUCGAGGCCGCCAUCGCGGCCGCUUUAGAGGAGGACCCAACCUUAGAGGACAAAUCGCCGAGGAGCGAUAGAUCGCGCGGCGAUGGUGCCGAGUCCUUGGCAGUCGAGCACGAGCGCCCAAAGUCGGGAAGAAGAAAACGGGCCCAGCUCAGAGAAGAAGAGCCGUAUCGACGACAGCAGCAGCAGCCGCCGCCGCCGCGGCGUCGAAGAUCGGGCGACAGCAGCUCUCGAACGCAGGAAGAUCCCUACGUUUUUGGACAAGAUGUUGACUACCAAGAGCAGGAUGAACCUCCCGCAAUUCCACUAGGCAAGCCCCCGCUCGCGCCUUGCCGCGCGGGGGGGGAGCGGCGGAGGAAACACUCGAAUGUCCGCCGACAAUCGAGUGUGAGCGAAGUGGACGAGAGACUGGACCGCAGCGAGGGGGGCGGAAUCCCGGAGAGUUUUCCACGGGAUGGCGAAAACGAUAGGGACAGCGACGUGGACGAGGUUCAGACGGAAGAUGGUAACGGGAACGAUAGCGGCUGGAGCAACAAUCGGCUCUCGGACUUCGGGGGGAGUGUGUGGGAAGAAAACGUGUCGUCCAGGGGAUGGGAUGCGGAUGAUGGUAGAGGCGAGGUCCCCCCCCUAGCUCUGGUGGAAACGGAGGAACUACGGGCCAGGGGCGACGAAAAUCAGCCCCGCCGACAGCGUCACUGGGUAAGAUCAGGGGGCCAUGAACACGUUGAAUCAAGCAUGGCAAACCAAAGGAGGGGUGAGGAGAGGGACAUCGGAAGCCAUCGUGGUGGCUCGCUCGAACAACGUUCAGUGCCCCGAACCGAUCACGGAGAGGUGGUUGGCCAUCCCGGCGCAAGUGAACCCCUCGACGAUGACGGCAGCUACAACAGCCGCUGGAGCCUGUCCGAUGAGGACGAAGCACAGGAAAGGAGCGGUGGUGAGAGGGGUGCUAGUACGCGGCAAGCUUACGCCGGAGACGCCAGCGGGAGUGAUGACAGAGCUAGAGAGCCAUCGAGAUCGUCACAUAGAGAGGCACAAAAGCAUACCUGGGAUGAAGACGCAUCGGUCGCGUCCAACACGAAGGAGGGCGGUGGGAAUGUUGCCGGGAUGGUGCCGGAGUACCUCGAUGACUUUUUCGAGGAGAAGUCGGAAGGACACGACCGAGGGGAUGAUGUGCCCUUUGCUGUUUCAGAACCAAGCGACGAGGAGAACCCAGCUUUCGCAGCGGGAGAGGAAUUACCCUCCGACCGAAAAUCAGUCUCCGCCCAAUCAUGGGUUGUCGAUCAAGAGGAAUCUCACCCGGCCGGAGUAGACGAAGACCCGGACCAAGUGUUGCUGCAGCCAGUGUCGCCACCUGUGUUGCGCCACAGCGCGCAAGCCGCAGCGGUUGUGGCGGCGAAGGCCGAGGGGGGUUCGUUAGAGCGGUCGGUGGAGGUACAGGUAUCUCCUGUAGGUGAACCUCCGACCAAUCUCCAUGGCGGCGCUAGCAAGGAGGAGGUCUCGCCCUCACACGGCCCAGAAAACCCAGUCGUGACCACCGUCGGCAACGCACGAGACGACGGCCGAACGAUCGCGGAAGAAGACGAUUCAGAGAGUGGCGACGUCGCCACUCCGAUGAAGAUAGACUCGGCGGUGUUGUUCGCGUCUCUGUCGUCGUCGACAGCGGGUACCUCGCUGUCGUCCAAGAGCAUGGCGAGGGCGGAAGGGAAGUGGGGCAGCAGGACGGGAACAUCCGCAGCAGCACUAGCAGCAAAACAGGGCGAAGUGUCGGCGUCCACCUUCGCGCUCUCUACAACGGAUGACGACGGGGAUACGGGCGUGAAUUCCGAGGGAAAGGGUGACAUUUCGCGGGGUCGAUCUUCCGCAAGGCUAAGUGACAGGCAGCAGACACCUGACAACAAGUGCCCACCGGUUGCCGACACAGGCGAGGCACUCGUCGGGAGUGGACGUGUCGCAACGGACGCCAACAAGCCGGAGGAGGGAUCGGAACCGCGGGCAUCUGCCCCACCACCAGCAACAUCUACGAGGUCUGAAUCCGGCGGUGUUGUUACGUUAUCUCCUGAGGCUGACCGGCGGUCCGAGUCUCCACCUGCUCUCGGCGAACGGCAGUCGCGGCCGCCAUCAGACGACAGCCUCGGUGGCCUCCCUCACAAUUACAACAGCAGCAGCUCAACACCGGCGCCAUCGCCGCUCCUUUUCACCACGCCUUCGGAACUUGAGGCAACGAGGCCCGUUGUCGGCGAUCAUCCCGUACCGUUGCUUGCUAAGGAAGAAGGUCAACCAUCAUCGGAGGGGUCACACCAUGCGACUCUCGAGCCAGAGCAGGAAAAAGCCAUUCUUUCGACCCUGGAACCAUCGGCGUCGCCGCGGGGCGAACAAGCAUCAGCCGAUUCCUCGGAUAUUUCGUCGGGGGUUGGAGGAGACCCUACGGUGCAAGCCGCUGUGCUCGACAACAGUCCCAGUGCCCCAAGCCAAAGAACAGAGAUGGAGGGUGUCGCCGGGGACCUUGACAACGAACCAAGCAUCAAUGGACCUGAGAGCGACAAAACUAGUUACCUAGACGGGCGGGCGAGCCCCGAUGAGCACGAGGGUGGGUUGGCUGGCAGAGAGCACGAGAGAGAUGGGUCGGCUAGAGAUCAGGAGGGGGCCGUGCUUGGCACCCUGGAAGGACAGUCUUUGCUCGCUGAGAAUUCGUCGCACAGUGGCAGCGCGUUGGACGUUGGAGGCGGUGCAGUCGAUGGUGACGAUGACGACGACGGGUAUUUCUGA